GAUACUCGAAUAGAGGCAGAAUCAAUUUUAGUACUAGAAACUAGAAAGAAAAAAAAAGGAGAGCAAGAGAAUACAGACGACACAGGCAAGUACGCAACAAUAAGCAACUCACCAGCGCCGAACUCAAAGCGAAGCAACGACGACUCGACCAACAUCAACCAACACAGAUAGAUAAACCUCAACUUUUUCUACAGGUAAUAAUGCCGGACAUACAAGCUCUUGUUAAUGAUUUUGUUAACAAACUUAGGAAACGCAAAAUUGAGGGGUCACAGGCCACAGCAAGGCACACAGCAGAGUUGCUUCGUUCAGUUGUUUCUCAGCACAGGAUUCCUUAUACGAACCAGGCCGGAUCGCUUAUUAGUGCUAUAAAUACUGUCGGCGAGCAGUUAAUUGCUGCGAACCCUGUCGAGCUUGCUGUCGGUAAUAUUAUCAGGAGGGUUCUGCACAUUAUUAGGGAGGAGGAUUUAUCUCUUACAACUGCGGCUAUAGGCGACCUGAAUAUUUCAGUUGGAAGUGAUGAUGAUGUUGGAGAUGAUGAAAAACAUGAUCAUACUGUCCUGUCUGCAGCCGCUGUAGCUGCUGCAUCAAGGAGCACUUUGCGCCCACCAUCAUUGCAGACUCUUCUUGAGGAUAUACCUGAUGCUACUGCUGUUCCCCGUCCUUCUUCAUCCGGGGGUGAUACUGAAGGGAAAAGCAAAUCUGCUGAUAAAGGCUCCAGGAGCCGGAAACUAAAGCAUGAUGUCAUUGAAGCAAUCAAUGAUCUCAUUCAGGAUAUUGCUACUUGCCAUGAGCAGAUUGCUGAGCAAGCGGUCGAGCACAUUCACCAAAAUGAGGUGAUACUAACUUUGGGACGCUCAAGAACAGUGAUGGAAUUUCUCUGUGCAGCAAAGGAGAAAAAAAGAUCAUUUAGGGUUUUUGUGGCAGAAGGUGCUCCAAGGUACCAAGGGCAUGUUCUUGCCAAAGAAUUAGUGGCAAGAGGUCUGCAGACCACCGUAAUCACUGACUCUGCUGUUUUUGCCAUGAUAUCUCGAGUGAACAUGGUCAUUGUUGGAGCUCAUGCCAUUAUGGCUAACGGUGGACUGGUUGCCCCUGUUGGUUUGAAUAUGGUUGCUCUUGCUGCUCAAAGACAUGCUGUCCCGUUUGUGGUAGUAGCUGGAAGUCACAAGUUAUGCCCCUUGUAUCCUCACAAUCCAGAGGUCUUGCUGAAUGAGCUGAAGUCCCCAUCUGAUUUGCUUGAUUUUGGAGAGUUCUCAGACUGUUUAGAUUUUGGAAGUGGCAAUGGUGAACCGCUCCUUCAUGUUGUCAACCCUGCAUUUGAUUAUGUGCCACCAAAGCUUGUCAGCCUCUUUAUCACUGACACAGGAGGGCAUAAUCCAUCAUAUAUGUACAGGCUGAUUGCAGAUUACUACUCUGCUGAUGACUUGGUUAUACAGAGAAAGUCAGCAGCUGGAAAUUAACAUUUAGUUCCGAUAUUGACUUGUUACAACACACUCUAAUCGCCAGUAGCUUGAACUCAAUCGCAUUACUCAUAGUGGAUUUCAGUUUGGAAGAGUAUGCAGAUGUGGAGCAUUGUGUAUUUUCCAUCAAUUUUGCCAGGGAUUAUACAUCACUUAUUCUGAAGUGAAUCGGCUUGGUUAACUGAUUUGUAUAUAUCUCAGACCGUAUUAAGCUUCUUACAAGUUUGCAGAAAUUGCGUUGAGAAGUUUAUAUUACUUUCUUGCCACUUAAUGCAGUGAUGUCGGUGGAGGCUAUACCAAGUCACUUCAUCUUGAUGUUGGCUUUAAUCUGCUGACAACUGAAACAUUGAUCGAUUGAGCAUUUUACAAAGUACAAAUAAGGGUUUCACAGGUUACUUAUGCAUCUAAUGUACCUCUCUAGCAUACUGCAAAUGGAGAAGUAUGUGCCUCAAUCGUCGAAGAGAAAGGGCCUUGGUGCAUGCCUACUUCAAGAUUUUGGGUAAAUUAUAACAGUUAUGCAACAAUCUAGCUCCUCGUCGGAGUCAAUAAUUAGUUUAUCUAAUUUCUUAUUUUUAGUAUA